AUGGACAAAAAAAGAUUGAAAGAGUAUAUAAUUUAAUUGCAACUUUAAUUAAGCCUACCCUUCUAAUUUCAGGGGGGAAAAUCAAUCUAAGGAUGGGGGAAAAAAAGUAAGCUGACAUAAUAUAAAAGAGUACCACGCGAUGCAGUAGAGCUUUAAAAAAAGGAAGAAAUAAAAUCAUUCAUGAAUUUGCGAUAAUAUAAGAAGGCUGAUGCCGCUCUUAAGCUUGAAAUAUUUAGGUAAAAUAAGUAAAAAUGGAUGGCAUGGAAUAAAAGUAAAGAGAAGGAAUCCAAGCUGCAACCAAGAUAAAUUAGAAAUCAAAAGAAUUAUUUAGACUAAUUGAUAUGGUAUUGUGUUUUGAAGGAUAAGGAUUUAGUAAAUGAGAGUAUAAUUUCCUAAUGA